CGGCCUCGCGGUGCAAUGGCGGCGGCGGCGGCGGGCGGCGAGGAGGAGCGGGCGGGCGGCUUGGCGCUGAGCGCGGGGCAGUGUGAGCUCGGUGUGGGGCGACGGCGCGGGAGGACGCUCCUGGUGCGGCACCUGCCCGCCGAGCUGACCGCGGCGGAGAAGGAGGAUCUGCUGCAGCACUUCGGGGCGGUGGCAGUGCGCGUCUUGUCGGGCCACGGACGGCUGAAACAUACCGCUUUUGCUACUUUUCCUAGUGAAAACGCUGCUGUAAAGGCUUUGUCAAGACUGCAUCAGCUGAAACUUUUAGGGCACACUUUAGUGGUUGAAUUUGCCAAGGAGCAAGAUAGCGUGCAGGUACUUAACCAGCCUUCAGUCUCAGACAAAUGUAAAAGUUCAGAAGAGCCGGUGAAGGAAGAAGAGAAGAAAGAACCAAACUGUCUUAAAAUAGAGAAUGGAAUUGCACCUAGCCACGGCCUCACGUUUCCCAUCAAUUCUUGCCUCAAGUAUCUCUAUCCACCACCUUCAAGUACAAUUCUAGCAAAUAUAGCAAAUGCCUUGGCAAGCGUGCCCAAGUUUUAUGUCCAGGUACUUCAUCUUAUGAAUAAAAUGAAUCUUCCUCCGCCUUUUGGACCAAUUACUGCUCGUCCUCCCAUGUACGAAGAGUAUUUACCAGUGCCUGUGCCACCCCCACCAAUUCCACCUCCGCCUCCUGAAGAGCCUCCUUUGCCCGAAGAGGAAGGAGAGCAAGUGUCUAGCGGAGAUGAAUCAGAAUAUGAAAGUGAUGACGAGGAGGAAAAAGAGAGAAUGACCAAAUUGAUGGAAUUAGCGACCCUUCAACCUAAAAGACCAAUAAACACAAAGAAACGUGGCGUUAGGAAAAAACAGAGAAUUAAGGACUUACUGAAUGUUCCUACAUGUACUCCUCACAGUAAUUUGCACCCAACCCUGUCACCUUCAGAACCGCACGCGCAUGUGGGUCUUAAAAAGAUUGAGUUCCAUAUUACUACUGAAAUCCCAUCUGUUCUUCAGAUAAACUCGGAAAGAGAAGGAAAAAAUGAUCUGUAUGCUACCACGGAAGAAAUCAAUAAUACGGGGUUUGGAAGGAUUUUCCCAGCUCCUAGCUCAAAUGAUAAAAUGGAAACGGAAGAAGAAGAUGAUGAAAUACCAUCGGAGUUUAUUUCUAGGAGAGAACUAGAGAAAAACAGACUUUCUAGAGAAGAAAUGGAAAAAUUUUCUGUUUUCAAAAAUUAUGAGCCGGGUGAACCAAAUUGCCGGAUAUAUGUGAAGAAUUUGGCUAAACAAGUGCAAGAAAAGGAUCUCAAGUUCAUUUUUGGAAGAUACGUUGACUUCCAGUCAGAACUGGAACGAAAUAUGUUCGAUAUACGUUUAAUGAAAGAAGGCCGUAUGAAGGGUCAGGCUUUCAUCGGACUUCCUAAUGAAAAAGCAGCUGCUAAAGCUUUAAAAGAAGUAAAUGGAUACGUCUUAUUUGAAAAACCCAUGGUUGUUCAAUUUGCUCGUUCAGCUAGACCGAAGCAGGAUUCCAAUGAAGUUAAAAGAAAAAAGUAGAACACAGCAAAAGAAACAUUCCUGCGUAAAUACUGCAGUAAUACUGUCAUGCAGAGUGUAUCCUUUCUCGUUGUAUCCUUUUAUGUGCAACGUUUCCCGUAGUGCUUGACCACCUCUUAACUUUCACCUGGAGUAGGUUUGGGGAGGAGCUCGUGCAUUUUAAACCCUGAGUUAAUGUAUCGAUUUUAAAGAUAGCAUUUUUCAAGGGGGAAAAAAACCAAAAACUGUUGGGUGAAUAGUUGCAAUGAACUUUCCUAAUCUUAAAAGGUGGCUUUCACCUUUCUCCUCAAAGGUCACAUAAUUUAUUUUAUUUCUGAUACAGUUCCGUAGCUUGUCUGAGCUAGAAGCAUUUUAGUGAUGGGUGCGGAGCUGUGCUGGGCUCGCUCUGAGGAUGUCGUCUUCAAAUAAGUCAUUAGAAUAUUAUCUAGGUUUAAACAUCACAUGGCCGUGAUUAAUGUUAUUCAAGGGUUGGCGCGUUCUUAGAACGUUUGAUUACUGUUGUUAUGCUGUAUGAGAAACUGUUGAUUUUAAGUUUGUACGCGUGUGUUUUGUUUUUGAGCAGAGCAAAAUCCAACAGUGUCUCACAGUGCAGCCAUAGAGUUCAGAAUUGAACUGUUAGCCACUGUUAACAUUAUUGUUUCUUUCAUCGCUCACUGAGGUACUGUUGGUGACGGUAAAUGUUUGUUGUCAUUGUGGAUUUCAUACUACAUUAUCAUUUUUCAUUUACCGUAAUAUAAAACUAAUACAGCCUGUCCCUGCUGAGGCAGUUCUUUUCAGAUGCUCUGAAGUCUUAUAAUAUUAACCGUCUUUCAAUGUUGUUGUCAAAAGAAAGCAAGUCACCACCAGGCUCUGGGUGUUGGUGCCGGUAACACGUCUUUGUGAUGUUCCAGGUUCCUUUUGUGUUCCAUCCCAUCCGAGAGCUCUCAGGCCUGAGGAGGAAGCCGUUCAAUCGCCGGGACUCCGGAACUGUGCGUAGAGCAUUUGUAAAGCAUUUGAGGCACAGUAUAAAUUUCCUCAUCUUAAAUGUUCCACGUAUGUUUGUCAGAAGGUUUUCAGGAUAAAUGUAUGUGAGUUGGCUUUUGAAAUCUCUAAUAAAUUAUUUCUCAUAA